CGCUGGGGCUCCUGGGAGGAUUCUAAAAUGUUCUUGAGGCCACGGGGGCGCCUAGGAGGCGGGAACGCUGCUCCGGAGCCGACGGGAGUCGGUCCCUCGGUCUUCCCCGCGGGAAAGCCCUGAGGAGAUAUUUUCUUUUUAAACAUUACGAAAUUUGAGGAUGGUGGGACAAAGCGACUAACUCCCACUUUCCUGUGAUUCCUUGGCCGGAAAAGUGUCGAAAUCUGUGGAUAAAUUCAUGAGAUAAGAAAAAGAUGGCAUCUAGAAUAAAUACCAGUUUUACUUUGAUUCCCAAUCAGAAAUAUAGACGUAGUAAUCGUCGAUCCAGCUAUUUUUCCAACACCCUUGAUUCAGAUUCUCAGCCCUUAUCAACGCUUGGAAAUUUUAAAGCCUUGCCAUUGGAAAUAUUCCAAAUAAUCCUAAGAUAUUUGUCAGUGAAGGAUGUCAGCAUGCUAAGUAUGGUGUCUAAAACAGUCAGCCAGCACAUUAUUAAUUAUAUUUCGACUGCAUCAGGAAGCAAAAGACUUUUACUACAGGACUUUCAUAACCUUGAGCUGCCUGGUAGGAAACAAGACUCUGCUAUACUGGAACACUACAGAUCUCUAGGUCUACUAUUUAAAAGAUGCACAUUGCUGCUACCCACCAAGGAAAGAUUAAAGUACAUUCACAAGAUACUCUCAGAAGUUUCCUGUUUAAAAUUCAAUGGCUGUGCAGCUCCUAUGCAAUGUUUAGGAUUACCAUGUUAUGGCAUGUUUUUACAGACCUUAACAGCAGGUUGGGAUGAACUUGAGUGCCAUCGUGUCUAUAACUUCUUAUGUGAGUUGACUAAUCUCUCCCGCAAGAUGCAGACUGUUGUCUGUAGCAAACCAGGAAGUGCCCGAAAAUUAGAAUUAAGGAUCAGACUAUUCUGUAGAAAUGUCCUCCUUGAUCAUUGGACACAUCGAAGUGAUUCUGCUUUUUGGUUGACACGAAUAUUAAAACCAUGGCCAAUGGUGAAUCAGGCAAGAUUACUGUAUAUCAUCUUUGGGCCAACAUCUUCUCAGGAUGGACAGGUGGUUUGGCAGAAAAUGAUAGAAGGACCUACAGAUGAAUCCAGUCUGAAAGGUUUGGCUGAUGCCAUUAAAUUACUGUAUGAUACAGGCACCAAAGAGUGGACAGCAGAUGAUGUUAUCAGUCUUGUAGAUGAACUGUCAGUGGUUCCUCGGGAGUGGCUUCUAGAGAAUAAUGCACGUCUCCUAAUCCUAAGUGGAAACAACAUCUGUUUCACUUUCAUGGCUAGUAAAGCUGUGAAUGGACGGGCCAUUGAACUGGCAAGGCUCAUUGUCUUUUUGGCUUUGGUGUGUGAGAAAGAACUAUACUGCAUGGAUUGGGCAGUUAAAAUGAUGCAAAAAGUCUGCAAAGUCUUUAGCACUCUGGUGGAAAGAAAUAACUUCCUGCAGAGUGUGGCAAAUGCAUUUGCCUGUGUUACAAUGGAAAUGCUGCAGUCAAUCAUGUCUGGAGAUCGUGAUGAAGACGACAGAGGCUUUUUGAAUUUGUUCCAUCUUGUACAUGCUCAGGCUAACUUCCAUAAGGAGGUCUUAUAUUUGACCAUGAAUACACUCUCUCCCUAAAUACUCAGAAAACCUUGCAUUUAGAGAAUACAUCGCUGAAUUAACACUUAGAAGAAUACUACUUUUCCACACCUGAAGAAUAGCAUCUAUGGGGCUUUUUAUCAUCUAAGGAACCUAGGAAUUCAAAAGCUGCAUAGGAUUUUAGCAGCAAUUGCUCACACGAUUAUUAAUAUAAAAACAACAGGCAAACCCAAGAAUAUGCUGUGAUUUCUCUGGAAAAUAAGCUCUGCCUCAGACUCCAAGUUUUGUUAAAUUCAACACCAAACCAAAAUAGAAGGUUAACUGUCAGUCCAUUCUGUUUGUGUGGAUCUUUGAAAAAAGAGAAAAUUCUGUUUUAUAGUUAGAACAGACCCAAAUUCACUAAACAAUAGUAUCUGUUCACUUUGCUUAGGUUGUGUAGAUACAGCCUAGAAUGUUUUGUGAAGAUUUGCAAUAUGGUAUUUUAGAAUGUGCAGAAUAUAAAUCACAUUCCUUAUUACCUCUUGGCAUGUGAUUACAAAGAAUAAUAUAUUUCAUUCAUA